AUGUAUAUAUAGAUAAGAUAAAUAUAAAAUAGCUAUGAGUGUUAUAACAAAGCUAUUGCUUUUAAUCCAAUAUUGAUAUUGCAUGGAAUAAUAAAGGGAAUAAAAUUUGAUUAUUUUUAUUUUGGCUUGGCACUAUAACAAUUAAAACAGUAUUAGGAUGCUAUUUUGUGCUUUGUCAAAGCCACUUUCAUCAAUCCUAAAAAUGAAUAUGCAUGGAAAAAUUAAGUUUAUAAUCUUUCAAUAUAUUUUUUCUUUAGGUAUAACUUAAACUGUUUAAAUAAAUAUAAAGAAGCUAUUGUUAGUUGUGAAAAAGCGAUUUCUCUAAAUCCUAACAAUGAUCAUGCAAUUGUGUACAAAGGUUUAAUUUUUCUUAAGUUAGGAUUUGCGCUAAUUCAAAAACUACACAAGAUUCCACUAUAUUAGUUAAAAAAAUAUUAGGAAGCAUUAUUGUGCUAUAAUACAGCUCUUUCUGGUUCUGUUCAUCAUAUGAAAUUAAAACUGAAAGGUAUUAUUUCUUAAUUAUUUCAAGCUGAUUCACUAAAAUUAUUAAUCGAAAUAUUAGCAAUAUUCGAAUUAGGAUUGAAAUCAUAAGCUAAAUUUUUAUUUUGCUGCUUUACUUCAAGGAUCACCAGAAUCUGA